GGGAGAGAAGGAGAGGGACGGAGGGGAGGACUAUAUAAGACCACGAAAGGAAGGAAGACAAGAGCAGAGUGACAGAAAGCACACAAACUCUGUACAGUACUCAUUAGUCUUGGUUGUUGUAUUAUUGUCCACUUUGUGAGCAGCUUCACAAUUCUUUCAUCAGGAGUUACCUUGCAGUCAGUAUAAUUUUGUUUGCAUUUUAGGCUUUGAUUGCCCUUUUGACCAGCGAUUGGCUCAGGAAUUUACGCUUUAUUGACGUCAGACUUCUAUUUGUAAGGAACAAGGGGAGGACAGACAUAAGAGAGAGGAAGACAGAAGAAGAGAGGGUAUUCAGGAAGUGCAGAAAAGAGGAGCUGAAGAUGUUAGGGUGUCUGAGUGGGGCAAGGGUUCGCUGCUGGCUUACCCUGGCCUCCGGGCUGCUGGAGUGUCUGUGUUUCGCUGGGACUGUUUUUGGGUGGGCCUCCCUGAUGUUCGUCCUGAAGACCGAGGGGUACUUCAGCAACCUAUGUGUGAAUGCCACAGGAUCCAACGGCACACACUACACAGACUGCAGCGGUCAGGAUGAGCGCUUCUCCUUGGUUUUCACCAUUGCCUCCUUCAUGAAUAACUUCCUGACUCUUCCCAAUGGAUUCCUCUUCGACCGCUUCGGCACUAUGGUUGCCAGGCUUCUGGGAAUAUCACUGUACACCACUGGUACCUUGCUAAUUGCCUUGUCACACCCAGAAACAUCACUCCUACUCUUCCCAGCUCUGUGCUUCAUCGCUGUGGGGGGAAUUUUGUUACUGGUCACCAACAUGCAGGUGGGGAACCUCUUCGGCACACACCGUUCCACUAUCAUCACUCUCUACAAUGGAGCAUUUGACUCAUCCUCCAUCGUCUUCCUCAUCGUCAAGGUGCUGUCGGAGGGAGGGAUCUCUCUCCACUAUUCUUUCUUCUUCCUGUCGACUUGCAGCGUGAUCCACCUGAUGCGGACCUUUAUCCUCAUGCCAAAGAAGCACAUCCCUUACCCACUACCUGAGGGUUACACAUACGGGAUGACAUGUGGGCAUGCCAGGCCUCACAUUGUGGAUCAGGCCAGGAAAGAAGAAAACAAAGGACCAUUGCAAGGAGAGGGAGGGACAGAGACUAUGACUUUCCAACUGAUGAGCAACAAGCAGACCCCACAGACAGUUAGUUUCAGACAAAGCGUACUCUCUUGGUUCUUCCUGUGGCACCUGGUGUGGCUGUCGGUCAUGCAGUUGAGGCACUACCUGUUCAUCGGGACCCUGAACCCCAUGUUGAACCGCCUGACUGCAGGAGACCCAGUCCUGGUGAGCCGCUACACCAAUGCCUUUGCCAUCACUCAGCUGUGUGGAGUCCUGUGCGCCCCCUGGAAUGGUCUGAUCAUGGACAGGCACAAAGGCAGGAAACGUGCUCCAGGGGAGACAGAGGAGGAGGCGGACCUGCGCUCAGCAGUGCUCUCCCUCUUCCUGACCGCGUUGCAGUGCCUCCUGUUCUCCAUCUGUGCCACGACACCUGUGCUCUCACUGCAGUACCUGUCCUUCGCCCUGCAGGUGCUCAACCGCUCCUUCCUCUAUGGAGGGAAUGCCGCCUUCAUCAGCAUUGCAUUUCCAACCAGUCACUUUGGGAAGCUCUAUGGGCUGAUGAUGGCUUUGUCGGCUGUGGUUUCGCUCUUGCAAUACCCCUGUUUCUCUCUGGUGAAAGGGGUGUUCGAUGGAGACCCCUUAUACAUAAACGUGGCCCUGACCCUCCUCAGCCUGUGUGCCUUCAUCCACCCUCUCUACGUCUGCAUACACUGCCGCAGGCUGGCCAGUCAGAGGAGGUCCUCUACCAAGCAGCUGGCCAAUGGUGGCAGCUCCUCCUCCAUCAACAGGGAAGCACUCCAGGAUGCAGUGGACUCCUCUUAGAUACCUCCAAAAAAGGGAAAGUUGCGGGGCAGGACAGGGUGGAUGGGAUGUUCCUGGGUGGGAUGGGGUGGUGGGGGUUUAUGAUACAUUGUUGUGGUUUGUCAGGAUGGGAGCAUCCCCCCCAGGUCUCCAUGGCAUCUCUGUUUGCUGCUCACCUUGAAUUGAACUUGCUUCAUUCCAUGGACUCUAUCUGAGCAGUAUUUACAAACAGGGGUGCAGUUGUCCUCCACGUUUUCCUGCUUUACCGCCUGUUUUACUGCCCAUAUAAUUGUACCUGCAUUUAUAUUCUCAACUUCAUUAUUUUCUAGCAGCCUGACAAAUGUUUUUAAUAUGAUUGACUCUUUUUGACUCUUUUUAAAAAUCUGUUUGCAUUGGCUUUGGCAUUGACUCUAAACCUGCCUAAAGAUUGGCUUCUCAGUCUUUGCACUGGUCGCUUUGGUCAUGCCUUUCAAUAAUAGAUUUAGGCAUUUUGUUAAAAGUCAAAGUUACGCACAACUGAUGGACACACAAGUAAAUUGACUUGUAUUUGCGGUUGACAUUUUAAGACCAAACUGGUUUGACAAAGGACUGAACUGAGCCUAGCGAACCAAGGGAAAACCACACUGGUGUUCGCGUUGAAGAAACCUUCACAGUGACCUAGCGACAUAAGGGAAGAAGACCGUAUUUCAGGCAGAAGAGCUGUUUCCUUCUGUGUUCAUAUUUUGGGCCCCUCAGUAGCCCUUCACUCGGUAUAUGUUCAUAUUUUGGGGCCCCUCAGUAGCCCCUUAUUCUAGGUUCAUAUAUGGAGCCCCUCAGUGACACCUCACUCAGUCUAUGCUCAUAUGGGGCUCCUCAGUGCCCCCUCACUCAGUCUAUGUUCAUAUAUGAGGCCCCUCAGUGGCCCCUCACAGAAACACAACAGAAAGAGUUUAACCCACCAGCCCCUCUACUACUCAGCUAACAACUGUAUCAGCAGUUGUCUUUAGGCAUUUAACAUAUGCCCAUGCAGAGCAGCUUAUGUAGGUACAAUCACAAAGGUUUAGACAACAAACAGUGCUGAUGCUAAGGUAUCAGGGUGCAAUACCAAUGAAUGCCAGUAAGACACAUUACUGGGAACAGUUAUACCUGUAACAUACAGUACUGGGAACAGUAAUACCUGCAACACACAGUCCUAGGGACAUUCAGGUACUGUCACUCUACUGUUUAAGCUGAAACAUUUCAACGUUAUGCAUCCAAAUGUUUUAAAGAGACCAAGUAUUAUUCUGUAACAGUUGGACAUUUCUUUACUGCAAUACAUAACCUGAAACUCUUGUUUCUUAACUCAAGGAGGUUCCAUUUGUUGCACGACCUGAAAAUCUUGUUGGCAAACAGAACCUCCUACAGUUAAGAAACAGAGUGUGGAAAGAAAAGAGGUGCUGAAUAUGUAAUAAUUCUAAUAAUUCUCUGUGAUUAAGACCAGUAACAUAUGCAGUACUGUGGAUAUGUUUUUACAUUACACCAAAGGUUAUUUAAAAAAAGUUUCAUUCUGCUGCCUCAAUUGAUAUAAAUGGAGAACAGCUCAUUUAUACUCCUGUCUCCACUGUCUGUGAAAUAUGUGAAAUAUACUUAAAAGAUGUGUUAGCUACAAUUGGUCCUAAUUUAGUCUACAUGAUAAACAGUUCACAUAUGAUGGGGUAUGCUUCUACUUAUUUUAAAUGUGCAGCCACUCCUAAAGAAACUAAGGCUAGACACUUCAGUGCUUAAUAAAUAUAGACCUAUUUUAAAGUUACCUUUCAUCUACAAGACCUUGGAAAAAGUGGUCUCCAAACACCUUUGAUCUGCAAUGAAUAGGAAUGAUAUAUAUGAUAUGAAAUUCCAGUCUGGCUUCAGAUCUCAUCAUAGUGCAGAGACAGCCCUUAUAAAGGUAAUUAAUGGAUCCCCUUCAAAAUUCUGAUUCUGGUGACUGCUCCAUUCUUGUCCUAUUAGAUCUAAGUGUGGCAUUUGAUACUCUUGAUAAUUCUACUUUAAUUGGCAGGCUAAAAAACUGGGUUGGCAUCUCUGGGAUGACAGAACUGGUUUUAUUCUUAUUUGUCAAACAGAAAAUGUUCUGUUUCUAUAGGUAAUAUUGUAUCAUUAUUAGCAAUGAUAAAUUGUGGUGUUCCUCAGGUAUUUAUCCUUGGGCUAAUUCUGUUUUCCAUAUAUGUUACCACUUGGCCAGAUUAUUUGUAAACACAGCAUAUCCUAUUACUUUUAUGCUGAUGAUACUCAAGAAAUUUUGGUGUGAUCUUGGUGUGAUCUGCAUAUGAACAAGCUAAUUCAGACAUGUUUCUAUCGGUUAAUGAAUAUACCCAAAAUUAGAACAAUCUUAUCAUUUGAGGAUACUGAGAAAGUCAUACAUGCUGUUGUAUCAUUACAUUUGGAUUAUUGUAAUUGCUUAUAUACCUAAACCAUGAAGUUAUAUUACACUCACAUAUUACCCCAAUUUUAGUUUCCUUACCCUGGUUAGUGCAUUUAGGGUUAAUCUUUAUUUUUGAUGUAUUGCUGAUUGUUUGUAAAACAAAAGCACCUUUUGGUUUUUGCUUGUAAGGUACUAAAAAAACAAAAAAAUAAACGUGUUUAAACAAUA